AUGAGAGCUCGCUCACAGCUGAUGGAUCACAAGUCGAGUGUUCGGCCAAACUUGAAUGGACAUCCUUUAUCGUUUUUGUUGUAUUUUGCCGCUGAGAACGGAGAUAUGCAACUGACUCGGAGUUUUGUAAGUUUUUUAUUCAGAGAGGAAAUACUUAAAAAUUUGGUACAAGUUAUAUAAAAAAAAGUCGCAAAACGGUGGUAGGCGAUUCCAACCAAGACGUGACAUAUUCACAUACUAGCCCUUCCGGCAUGUCGGAGUACUGAUUUUUGGCGCUUGCACUGCGCGAAAAAAGUCAGGAUGCGAGCGACAGCCCAAAAAAGCCUAUCUCAGAUUCUCAGCCGCCGCUCCGUCAACGCAAUGAGAAUCACAAUGGAAACGCUUUGGGUGAAGUCCCAAUACCCCGGCAUUUGCCUUGACAUUGGUCUGGUCGAUCCGACUUCCAUGGGCAAGAGAGGCUUUAGCAUGCCUAGCGGUGUGUCAAACUGGCUGGUCAGAACCAUCUUUUCUUGGAUCAACUCCGGCAGCAUUUCCCUGAUUUUACGGGAGUACACGGAUUCUCUCGAGCAACUUUUGGAUGUCGCUAAACGUAUGUCCGUUCGAACAUAAAACACCAACUUUUUCAGCGACUAUCAAGCGUUUGAGGGUUGAGACUUGCAGCAUUCGGCAAGACAAACAAAUCGCUCGUAUUCUUAGAAAAUCUGUGGACUAUCUCGAAUGCCAUCUCGAUUUUUUGGGCUUGCCCGAGCUUCGGGGGACCAGAAUCGGAGAGUUGACGGUGACACUUGGAUACUAUAGCCAAGGUAUUACAAGCUCAAGUCUUUCAAAUUUCAUGUACAGCCCUAGAGCGCGGAACACAACAAAAAUCGAGCCUACCCAUUUCGAGCACUGCCGUUUACCGAUAAAAGUUUUCAGACCAAUCUCUGUUAUGCAGAAAUCUGCAAAAUAUCUCGGCCCGAACACUCUAUUGGCAGGUCCCCGACUACGGCAGAAUCGAAAGCCCAAUUGAGGCCACAGAACGCUUGGUUUUUCAUUCUCCCAAGCCUUUCUUCAACGAACACAGCCACAUUUUUGAAAAAUUCCCGAACCUUCAGAGCGUGUCAUUGAUUUAUUUGGAAGAACAGAAGGUCUUUCUAGGCGACUUUGUAUUCGGCUUGACGAAGCUGUUUGAGGAACGCUUCUUGGAAAAGUUGCGAGAGAAAAAUGUGACGGUGCACUUGAAGGGCACCAAUAUUCAGGAUGGAGUCCGUGAAGUGAGUCUUAUCAGUCUGUCGGGAAAAUAAUGAGCACUCUUUCGCAUCCUCGCCGAGAAAGUGAAUCGCGUGGCGGCAAAAUCAAAUUGGGUUUCACUUCAGCGACAAAGUCGGCGCAGCGCGGUAGUGCUUAUUAUCAGUCUGUCGCGAAGAUAAUGAUGAUUUGUCGGAGCAAAAUAUCUUGCCUCGUCAGAGUCGCGCACCAAAUCUCCAGCACGUCUGGCCGUCGCAAAACUAUACUGGCGAUUCCAAGGGGCGACGAAUCCACAUUAUUUUCCCGACGGCCUGAUAUAGGUGCCGAUUUUCGAAAAAAAAGGUUCUAUACAACUAUUCGGAGGGGACAUAAAAAAGUUUGAUAUAGCAGGUCGCUCUACAGAGGCUAGCUUUGGCGUAUAAUUAAUUAACUGUUGAGACCUCACGAAUUGUUUGCUAUAGGCAGCUUUCUUCGAUCGUGGCCUUCACUGUACACUUCUUAAUUACAGGAGCCAAGUUUUGUUCGGUCCGAUCUCCUCGCACGGACCAAUGGUCAGGCCGCCAUAGAACACAGCGAAAGGUUUAUUAAAUGGAUCCACUGCAAUGAGUUUCGCAUAACUUUUCGAAAUCCCAAUGUUGAGGAUGAUGUUCUGCUAAAUUUCCAGGAUGUGGAUGACGUCGAAAUCACAAGUAGCUAUACUGAGCUAGUAGAAACAGCAUUUUUUUAUAAUCCAUGAUAAACGAUGGAAACGUUUUUUUUUUUGGAACAAGUUUCACAUAACCUUUCAAAAUGCGAAUGUUGAGGUCAAUGUCCUCCUUUUAAAACUCUCUUGCUUCCCCGAAAUGGAUGACUUCAACAUCAGAAAUAGCUACGGAGCAUAUUAGCAGCUUGGCAAAACUAUGAAUAAAUUUUAAUUGAUUCUUGCACAAGAAAAACUAUUUAUUUAAAACUAUGCAUCCUUGCCAAUCUAAAACGCCAUUGUGACCUCUUCAAGAGAACAGACACGAUGAGUUUGUAGAGAAAUGCGAAAUUAAUUAACUUGAAUGAUUGAAAUUUCGUGAAAUUAUCGGCGCUUUUUUCGCUAACAAGUGCGACGCUCAGAUUUUUAUGAAAAUUGGCAUAGAUGGAGAUUAGAAUUUUAUUAUUCGAUUGCGAACAUCCUAGCUCACGCUUUGCAGAAUCCGCUGAGAAAGAAGGGCCGGAAUAUCGAAAAAAAUCUUCAAAUGCCGGCGAAUUUCCCUGAUCUUGGCAUUCCGUUGCAGGAGAAAAACAUAUUUUUUCGCAUGUUUUUUCUGGAGAAGGAAGAAAAAAGAUAACAAAGAAAGUACUUCUAUGGGGUAUGGAGUUACAGGUCGAGAUAUAUUUCAAAAAGUUCGCAAAAAUUUUCUGAUUCAGAAUAUAUAAAAAUUAGCUGCCUAAUUUUGGUCUAUCAACGAGUUUUAUGAAUAAAUGUAUUUCUCGAGGAAAAAAAUCUGCGGCAACAAAAGCGCGCUCGGUCUCUUCCUUCGGAAGAGAACGGUGUGGCCGAGUGGUUAGAGCGUUAUUAGGCUGAGAAUCCGAUGGGAAAGGCUGCCCAUGGGUUCGAACCCUUUUGCCACAGAACCCGUUUGUUUUUACGUUGGAAGUACUAUUAAGAGGUGUAGUUGUAAUCCAAUUUGAUAUUUUAAGGCUUUUCAAGGCCUCAGAAUUUAUUUUAGCACAAAACAAAAUUUUUUAUUGGUAAAAACACGGUCAAAAAGACACUUGCAUGGUGUCGCGAGAAAACUUCUGAGGACAAAAACAUGUCAUCAGACCAAAAUUAGGCAGCUAAUUUUUAUAUGUUCUGAAUCAGAAAAUUUUUGCGAAUUUUUUGAUAUAUAUCUCGACCUGUAACUCCAUACCCCAUAGAAGUACUUUCCUUGUAAAAAAUGUUUUUGAUCGAUCGUGACACUUCGUUGUGAACGAAUCACCAAAAAUGGGCGGGAAAUUUUUUCUUCUGUUUCUUUCGUUUUUUUAGGGUGUUGCAACAACAUGUUGUGCCUUGUUUCCGGAUAUUAUCAAGCUUUUAUACAUAAAUAUUUACAUUAAAACUUUGUGUGUCCGCGUUUUUUUGUUUUUCAGGAUAUUCCUAAUAUUGAUAUAACUUUUUGCAGUGCAGAAAUGAGAGCUCGCUCACAGCUGAUGGAUCACAAGUCGUGUGUUCGGCCAAACCUGAAUGGAGAUCCUUUAUCGUUUUUGUUAUGUUUUGCCGCUGAGAACGGACAUGUGGAAUUGACUCGGUUUUUUGUAAGUUCCUUAUUCAGAAAGCAACAAAUUUCACAAUGCAAAUGGGUUUUUUUGGGCUAUCGCUCGUAGCCUGACUUUUUUGCACAGCGUAUGUCGGGAGAAUAAUGAGCACAAUACCGCAGGGACGAUCGAGUCGCUGAAGUGAAAAGUAAUUUGACUUUGUCGCGACAUAGUUCAUUUUCUCGGCGGCGAUACGAUUUUUGAUCCGACAGAUUGCUCAUUAUUUUCCCGUCAGACUAACAAACAUAAAGUUAUUUUAUAAUAAAUUUCCGUUUCAGAUUCUCAGCCGCCGUUCCGUCAACGCAAUGAGGACCACAAUGGACACGCUUUGGGUCUGGUCUGACUACGAGGGCAUUUGCCACAUUUGUCUGAACCGUCUGGAUUUCUUACGCCCCAAAAAUAGCGGCGUGUCGAACUGGUUAGUCAGAACCGUCUUUGCUUGGACCAAACCCGUCAGCAUUUCUCUGAUUUUAGAGGACUACCCGGAUUUUCUCGAUAAACUAUUGGAUAAUGCUAAACGUAUGUAUAUUUUAAUAUAAAACAUCAACUUUUUCAGCUACCAUCAAGCGUUUGAUGCCCAUGACUGACAGCAUCUGGUCACAAAAACAAAUCGCGCGAUUUCUUGGAAAAUCUAUUGACUAUCUUGAAUGCGAUCCCGAUUUUUUGGGCUUUCCGGAGCUUCGGGGAGUUAGAAUUGGAGAGCUGAAGGUGAAAUUGAGCACUAGUUCUCAAAGUGAGUGAUAUUUUGGUGUAGUAAAUAAAACAAUUGUUAGGUCAAAAGUUAAUUAGCGAAAGAAACGUGCGUAAAAAGAAUGAGCUAUGCUGUUUUGUCGCGCGGCGUAAGCUUCGACUGCCCUUUUCGAAAUCUUGCACUGUGCGGGGCCGCAGUGAACCGAGAUGGCGACCCUGCAAGCAGAUUACGAGUUUUUGGCGACAGAGUUGAUAUCAGUCUGUCGGGAAAAUAAUAAGCGGAAUGUCGCUACGCCGAUCGCGUCGCUAAAGAAAACAGCAGUUUGGUCUUGUUGCGACAUAAGUUAUUUUCUCCGCGGUAGUGCGAUUUCCGAUGCGACAGAGUGCUCAUUAUUUCCCCGACAGGCUGAUAUCUCUAAAGCAAGCAGAGCACAGACUCCAACGGAAAUUGAACCAUCCCAUUCCGAGCAUUACCCUUGACCGGCAAAAUUUUUUCAGCACUUUUUUUAUGCCCAAAUCUGCAUAACGUCUCGGCCCCAACACUUAAUUGGGAGAUCGUCCCGUACGACACAAUCGACCGUCCAAUUGAAGCCACAACUCACUUGGUUUUUCACGAUCCACGCUUCUUCUUCGAAAAUUACAUUCAUGUUUUUGAAAAAUUCCCAAAUCUUCAAAGCGUGUCAUUGAUUUGUUCGGAUGAACGGCAUUACCAUCAAAACGACCUUCUGUUCUGCUUGAGAAGGAUGUUUGAGAAGGAAGGCUUCUUGGAAAAAUGGCAAGAAAAAAAUGUGAAGUUGGACUUGAAGGGCACCAAUAUUACGGGUGGAGUCCGCGUGAGUCUUAUCAGUCUGUCGUGAAAAUAAUGAGCACUCUGUCGCAUCGCCGCGAAGAAAAUGGAUUGUGUCGCGGCAAAAUCGAAUUGCUUUUCACUUUAGCAAUGCGAUCGGCACAGCGACACUGUGCUCAUUAUUUUCCCGACAAACCGAUAUGUUGAUUGCUUUGAAAAGCGCGCCCUUUUCUCGAAGAAGAGAGCGCUAACUCCGAAUGCAUCCGACAAUAUUCGCAAUCAAAAAACGGGCGAUUUUUGCGCUUCUCUCUUUCUUUUGGCCUUCUGUAUUUGCGGAAUUUUAUGUAUUGUUUUUUUCACGGAAGAGGAGAAAGAAAAAGCGCGCGCUUUUUGAUUGCGAAUAUUAUUGGAUGCAUUUGGAGCUGAUGCUCUCUUCUUGAAGGAAAGGGCGCGCUCUGCAAAGCGGGGUUUUUUAGCUUAGAGAAGGGAAGGGGUUUGCGACAUUUUGGUCCCUUCCUGGAUGCAAAAUGGGACGUUUUUUGCCACUGGAUCAGGUCCCCACUGUAGCUGGGUUUCGCCCUACAGGGGCUCAUUUUGGUCUGUAAUUGGCCUUGAGACCUCAUGAAUUGUUCGUUAUAGGUUUUCUUUUUUGUUUGUAAAUAUGUUUUCACUGUACGCUUUUUAAUUAUAGAUGCCAGAAUUCCUCGCACGGCUCAAUGGUCACCAUAGAACACAGCAAGUCGCCAUGGAACACAGCGAAAGCUUCAUUAAAUCGGGUCAUUGUGACGACUUUCGCAUAACUUUUCAAAAUGCGAAUGUUGAGGUUGAUGUCCUUCUAAAAGUCCUAUCCUCCCAAAGCUUAAAUGGCAGAGAAUGUUAUUUAUCAGCUUCGCAAGACUACUACGAAUAA